AUGUAGAUAUUACAGGAAUUAAUUUAAAUAGAGCAUAAUUGUUCAAUUGCAAAUGGAAGAAUUUAUAUAUUUAUGAAUUAAAUUAAUUAGAUACCCAGUAGUAUCAGUAAAACAUGUUUCUCACCUGAUGGUACUGUAUUAGCAUCUGGUAUGACAGAUAACUCUAUUAGUUUAUGGAAUAUUCAGACAGGACAAUAAAAAGCUUAAUUAAAUGGUCAUAGCGACUAUGUAAUAUCAGUUUGCUUCUCACCUUAUGGUGAUACAUUAGCAUCUGGUAGUGCAGAUAACUCAAUCAAAUUAUGGGAUGUUAUGAAAGGACAACAAAACGUUUAAUUGAAUGGGCAUAUUGACUAUGUAGUUCCAUUAUGCUUCUCACCUGAUAACGCUACUCUAGCAUCUGGUAGUUGGGAUAUAUCUAUUCUAAUAUGGGAUGUCAAGACGGGCCAUUAAAAGGCCAAAUUAUUAGGUCAUAGUAAAACAGUUUAUUUAGUAUGCUUCUCUCCUGAUUGUACUACGUUAGCAUCUGGAAGUUAUGAUAAGUGUAAUUUUUUAUGGAAUUUUAAGACUGGGAAUUAAAAAGCAAGGUCAUACUAGCACUGUCUAUUCAAUAUGUUUCUCUCCUGAUGGUGCAGCACUAGCAUCUGGUAUUAAAUAAGCAGGUCUUGAUUUCAUUUGA